GUAAAACUACCUCAAAAGUACACUCAAUUUAUUUAAUUUCUACCACUUGCUAUUUAGUAUCUGUGGAUUUAUGCAGUUUUUAUUUAAAAGGCGCUAACCGGAAGUUAAAUUACGUAGUCUGAGCCAACUUGAUGUUACUGGCGCAAAGUUCCUCCUCUUGGUACCGAAAGAAACGGACACGAAACGUCUUAUUCUGUCAGUGAACCGCUGCCGACGACACUCGUAGUCAUAGCACCCGAAAUGUCUCCCGAUUUCUGCGCCGAAUCAUCUCUGAAGAAGCGGAGUUCGCAUGAAAACACAGACUAAAGACAUCAACAGUAGUUAGCAGGGGCAAUUCAUUUUAGCCUAAGCUUAGUUUGGAAUAUUUCUUGCUAGUUUUAGUCGUGUUUCAUCCGAGCGAAGACACCAAAACAAUGGCGUUCUUCGUGAAAAAGAAGAAAUUCAAGUUUCAGACCCAUCUGACGCUGGAGGAGCUGACCGCUGUGCCUUUUGUCAACGGAGUGUUGUUCUGCAAGAUGAGGCUGCUGGAUGGAGAUUUUGUCGCUACUUCUUCCAGACAGGAGGUUCGAGAGAACUGUGUUCGCUGGAGGAAGAGGUUCACCUUUGUGUCUAAAAUGAGCGCCAAUCCCCACACCGGCGUCCUGGAUCCUUCAGUCUGCAGGGUGUCCGUUAGGAAGGAACUCAAAGGAGGAAAAACAUAUACGAAGCUGGGCUUCACAGACCUCAACAUGGCGGAGUUUGCGGGUUCUGGCUCCACCGUGCGCUGCUGUCUGCUGGAGGGAUACGACACCAAGAACACACGGCAGGACAACUCAAUACUCAAGGUGAUCAUUGGAAUGACCCUCCUGUCUGGAGAUCCGUGUUUUAAAACGCCUCCCAGCACAGCAAAGUGCAUCUCCAUCCCCGGACAAGAACACACCCUGCAGCUGGACUGUAAGGGGGAGGGAACAGCCGAGCCCGGGCCGGCUGGAGGGGUUUCCCUGGGACGAGCCAGCAAGCCGCGACCAUCCAUCAUCAGCUCAGGUCUCCUUGAAGAAUCAGAAGCGAACCACUCCAGUCCUGCAGAAGUCUUCCAGUCUGGUCACUCUCGUAACUCCAGCUAUGCCAGCCAGCACAGCAAAAUCUCAGGCUACAGCACUGAGCACUCCUGCUCCUCCAGCCUGUCAGACCUCACACAUCGCAGGAACACCUCGACAGGAAGCAGCGCCUCUGGGGGCUUGGGCUUCACUGCUGACACACCUACGGAGGGUGACAAGGACGCCGGACGUCCAGAAAGACCCCCUCGACCCCCGCGGCCCAUCUUACCCCCUAACAGGCCCCCCAGGCGGAAGCAGGACUCAGUGGUGAGUCAGCCCUCUUGGGUAAAUGACACUCGCAUGGAUGCCGAUGACAUUGUGGAGAAAAUUGUCCAAAGCCAAAACUUUGCAGAUAUCAACAACACUGAAGACAGCAACUUGCGUCUGUUCGUCAACAAAGAUGGAACCACUGCGCUCAGCGGCAUCAGGCUUGGAAACAGGGUGUCUGCAGGCGGGUACGAGCCUGUGGUGAUAGAGAGCCAUUAAAGCGAGCAGCAGGAGAGGGGGACACGUUGACCUGUGGAUGGUGGAUCGUCUCGUCUUCUGUCUUGCUGGUUGUCCCAGAGCUUCAGCCGGUCUGAAGCUGUGAAGGGAGAAACCUUGUCAGUUUGCACUUUACGUGAAGUUUGUGGCGGCACUUGUCUGCCCUCCCUUCAGCUGUUUGUCUGGGAUGUUGAGGGCGACAACUCAGAGGGAAAGAGUUUGAGAUUUCAGGACUUCUUAGGAAUUCAACGGGAUCUGUUAAAUGAUAAAAGAUACAGAAGCCAAAAUUGUCCAUGUGUCCCCAGUUUAUUAUUCAUACUGAUGCUUAGGGGACAGUUUUAAUUAAUAGCUAUUAUAUUUGAUAGCUGUUUCUUACUUUAUACGAUUUCACUGCUGAAACAAGUCACAGACGGGGACAGGAAGGGGCUGCAGGCUGGACCGAAGUAACUUCAUUAUGUACUGGGGACAUAUGGAUGAUAAUGGUCAUUUUCUUAUAAACUUGACUCCUGCAGUAUGAUAUGUUCAUCUAAACCAACAAUCUUUUUGUUGAGUCAUUUUUCAUAAAGCCCCUUUUUAAGUGACAGGUUAAUAAAAAAAACUUUAAUUAGGCCACCAGUUGUGCAGAUGAAUACAGAUCUUUUACUGUGUAUUCUUUCUUGAACACGUCUGUAACAAGUUAUUUUGACACAUUUUUUGUCACUGCCAACUGUCUGAAAUGGUGAGCAAGAAUGUCACUGGGAGUUUAGUUAAUGUGUAACGUUUCAUUUUGAUUCAGCAGGGAAAGGUUUCCACCUUUUAAAAGACCUUCCAAACCAAGUCCCAACAGCAAAACAGGAUCAAAUCCUUUAGUCUUAGGCAUUGCAUAACAAAAAGUCCUACUUGAAGUGUCAGGCAGCACUCCAAACACUGAAUGUGACCAAGAGUUUAGAAAACCACUGAGGAGCCGUGAAGAUGCAGAAACUCUGAAUAACUUUACUUUUUUGUCUUUUUGUUUGAAGUUGUAGCUGUUCCCUGUUGAACAGGGAAAAGCAGUAGAACCACCUUGUGCCUGUAACGUUUCUCUCGAAUGAUCCUCAAACACCACAAAACUGUGACAGCAGAUUGCUGGUGACGGUGAGGAGAGAAAUAUUGUUUCUUGUUUCUUUUUCUUAGUUCUGUUUUGUGUCAGUCUUGUAACUUGCAGGUGUAGCCAUUUUGGAAAAUCCCACUGUAUACUCACAGCAUGUCGCUCCAUCUCCAUGAAGGACGACUUGUAAAAGAUUCAGUUCCCCUCUCUCCUCAGCCAUUGGAAAUGAAAACUAACCUCCAUGAAGAAGGAUUUGUUGCCCCCUGGUGGAGUAACAGCUUGCUUUCAGGUUUUUGCAUGAGUCCUUGUCCUUUACAAGGCUGUUUACUUCAAGUUUGUUUAAAGCUGUCUUCAGAUGAACAAACACCAAAGAGGCGGAAAGAUGAACGAGUUUCUGUAGCUCAGACAAACACGGAAGGGAAAUUGGAAGCAAACCAGCUGGCUGGUUGAUGCUUUUUGUGUGUGUAUUAGUUCAGCAAGUUUUCUGUUUUGAGUUUGAUGUCCACAAAUGUGUCUAUCUCAAGAAGUAACAAGGGGGAUUGUUUUUUUAAUCUUGUACAGAGUCUUAAAAUCUUAUUUUUUCUGUUUGUAAAAAGGGUAAAAAAAAAACUCUGUCUAAGAAAUAACGCCUUGAAGUGCAGGUCGCAAAUCCCUUGAAUUUAGUUAAUUGACAUGGAUGUUAUGUGCCCUAGAUUGGGCUGUGACGGAUAAUUCUCCUCAUUGAUUAAAUCUGCCAAUAAUUUGUUUCAAUGAAUUUCUUAAUUAGUUAAUUGUUGAAACUAUAAAAGGUCAGAAAAUUGUGACAAAUAGUCAAAUAUUUUCCACAUAUUUGAACUCUUCAAACUGCUUAUUUUGUCCGAUUAACAGCCUUUAAACCAAAACAUAUUCAAAUUGAAAUCAUAUAAAAUAGAAAAGAAAAAACAAAUCCUCACACAUGGCAAUCCGGAACAAGUUAAUUGAGAUUUUGGGCCUGAAAAAGUACGGUUUCUUUUUAGUUAACUUAAUAGUUGAGCAACUAAUCAACAUAUUGUUUCAGGCCAAUAUUUUCCCUUAUUUACAAUUAAAAAAAAUUCAGCUUUUAAGACUCGGUUCUUUAUCCCUGAAAGUAUUUUGCAUGAACGUUAUUUUUUUCUUCACACUUUGCUGGUGGAAUCCAGCUCAUUACUAUAUAAGUUGAAUCACUUAUCUUUACAUUACCAAGUUUGUAUUUUGCAGCUGGAUGUUUAUUAAUCACAUUUUGGGGAUGCGCCACUGACUGUAUGGUCUGAAUUUGGGUUUACAUCACCACAGCCUUUAGUAUUCUUUUAAAGCAUUUAUUUAUAUAUUUUUGUUCCUAAUUCUUUUUUUUUGUUUGGAGGUUGGUUAUAAGCUAUGCACACAACCCGCCUUCCUAAGUUUUUUCUAUUAGUAAUUCUAACAAAUGAUUCUAUUGACACAAAGCUUGUAUAACCGAAAUUUAUAGAGAAUCAAGUUGGAACGUUUUCUUUUUGUUGGUAUUUCUGCAGAAAUUACUAAACAAUAAAAAGCUCAUCUGA